AUGUCCAGCAAAGUCUUCUUCGAGGUCGAGUGGGAGGGCCCUUCCAUUGUGAACGGCAAGCCUACCGGCCCCGUGCAAGUCCAGAAACGCCGCAUCAACUUCAACCUAUAUGACGACGUUGUUCCCAAGACUGCUGCCAACUUCAAGGCCCUCUGCACUGGCGAGAAGGGCUUCGGCUACAAGGGCUCCUCCUUCCACCGCAUCAUCCCGGAGUUUAUGCUUCAGGGUGGCGACUUCACCCGCGGUAACGGCACCGGUGGCAAGUCCAUCUACGGCGAGAAAUUUGCCGACGAGAACUUCAAGCUGAACCACGAGCGCCCCGGCCUGCUGUCCAUGGCCAACGCCGGUCCCAACACCAACGGCUCGCAGUUCUUCGUCACCACCGUCGUCACGUCGUGGCUUAACGGGCGCCACGUCGUCUUCGGCGAGGUUGCUGACGACGAAUCGAUGGACGUCGUCAGGGCUCUUGAGGCCACUGGCUCCAGCAGCGGCUCAAUCAAGUUCAACAAGAAGGCGACGAUUGUCGACUGUGGUACCCAGUAA